AUGGAGGACGAGACAGAGAACAACCUGGUGGGGCACGUUUUGUCAGAACUUGAAAUGUCCAGGGAAUAUAUUAGGGGGAAAUUUAAAGGUACGGGAAAAGGGGGCAAAAAUGCAAAAGGAGGAAGCAGCCAAACAGGGGGAGAACCCACAGAGGUUUACAAAAACUACGACAAGAUAUUAACCUGCAUAGAAGACAAAAUUGCAUUUUAUAAAAAUUUGAAUGAGGUGGAAAAAGCAAAAAGGGGACACGCUGAAAAUGGCGAAAGCCGCCCAACUGAGCAGCCCUACCAAAGGACCGCAAAAAGAAGGGACAACUUUUUCGAAGAAUACGAAAAAAACAAAUCCAGUCUGCAGAAAAUGAAGAAGAAAACCAUUGCAGGGUAUACCGAGGAAGGAAAUGCGAUAAUUAUAAACAAUGAUAAAUUUUGCAAAAUGUUCAUUAAUUAUAAUUUGGCUAGUGAUCGGAAGAAUGGGGUGACAGAUUCUCGAUUGAAUGGAACUGUCCAGGGAGGAGACGACUUAAGCGAACUCUCCUGCUCCAGCUCGAGCGUCGUUUCUCUACACAGCUUUGUAAAAAGUGAGAAGACUAAACGGAUAAGAGGCAACAGGGAAGCCUACAUAAGGCACAAAUAUCAUGAUCAUGCAUUUGUUAACCACAAAUUGUAUCCCUGCAGUGACUGUUCGUCCAGUUCGUUCAGCUGGUACAGCGACGACUAUGAUGAUCUGUUCUACUACUCCAAUUUGUUGAAGGAAGACAAAGGCUUUAAAAAAUGCUACGUGGAGGAAAAAGAUGGGGAGGAGGAUAAGAUCACGAAGAAGAAGAAGGAUACUCAACAGUGUAAACAAAAGAAGAACAAAGAGAAACACAUCAAAGAGUUCGAACGUGAUGUCGCAAAAGAAUCCCCCUUCUACAACUACAUCUACUUCAAGUUGCCUGAAAAAGACAAAAGUAAAGCAUACCCCAUUUUUGUAAACACCAUAAAUGGAAAAAAAAAAAUGUAUAAUUUAAAAAAAAUUUGCAGAAAUACACAUAAAAAGAAUUACAACCAUAAUGAGGCAAAUAAGUAUGAAUUAGAUGAAACAUUAUUCAGUUACAAAAAAUGUAAGUUACUUCCAUCCGUUAAGAAUGAAACAAACAAGAAAGGAAAUCAUCCCAUCGAAAUGCACAGCGACGACGUCUUGAGGAGAAAGCACUUCGAUUCGGAUGACGUAAACUAUGCAAUAGACAAAAUUAUACAUCAGAUGGGAAAAAUCUCCAGCUCCGAAAAAGAAGAAAAAAGAAAAUUCAACCAUUCUGACAACUUCAACAACAUUCUUAACAAAAAUAAGGAGUUCCUAAAAAGGGAAAAGAAUUUUACCUUCCAAAAGUUGUGCGAAACGGAGAAGAUAAGGCUAAAAGUAAAAAUCAUCGGAACUGAUGGGAGAGUAAUUAAAAACAAAAGUUUGGACAAUGUUCUAAUAAACAAGAACAAAACCUUCGGCGAUUUGGCCACCCACCUGGGCCAUUCAUUCAAGCUACCCAAGGAUAAAAUAGAAAACAUUAAAAUGUAUUUUGACGGGGAUUUAUGUGAUAAGGACCUUACAUUUGACAAUGAAGAACUGGGACUGGAAGAUGGCUUCCAAAUAGACGUGAAGUUCCCCCUGUCCGAGGAUAACGUUAAUAAGCAAGAUGAAGCAGAUUUCAGUGAUGACAACUACGUGCUCUACCUACCUGACUCGUACGUCAUUGAUUAG